UCAGACCUUUUAGGAAAACACUGCAAAGAAUGAAGUGACCUUUGUUCACUCGAGAGCAUUUGGAGUACCCCCUCCUUGGCGCGCGCUGCAUCUUGUUUCUGCAGUAGUUGUUUCGCUCAUGACCCCCUCAGCACGAGAGGACAGAAGUGUUUAUCUUUGUUUGAUUUGUUUUGGAGGUUUCACAUCUCCGCAAAGGUCUAGUUGGAUAUUUUUUUAUUUUCCACUUUUUGAAAAAGAGGACUUCAGUACAUUUUUAGUCAAGCAACACCAAGUCUGGACUUGCUUUAGCCGUUUAAACAUCAGCCUUAUUGUGCCUCGUCAGUCAUUAAAAGUAGAAUGUCAUCUUUAGCGGGAACAGUACCACGAAUGAUGCGACCGGCUCCUGGACAAAACUAUCCCCGCACUGGAUUCCCCCUGGAAGUUUCAACUCCUCUGGGUCAAGGUCGGGUGAAUCAGCUUGGCGGAGUAUUCAUCAAUGGCAGACCUUUGCCAAAUCAUAUCCGACACAAAAUAGUUGAGAUGGCUCACCACGGCAUCCGUCCAUGCGUGAUCUCCCGACAACUUCGUGUUUCCCACGGUUGUGUGUCCAAAAUCCUUUGCCGCUAUCAAGAAACUGGUUCGAUCCGUCCUGGAGCAAUAGGAGGAAGUAAACCCAGACAGGUGGCAACACCUGACGUGGAAAAGCGAAUCGAAGAAUACAAGCGCGAAAAUCCUGGUAUGUUCAGUUGGGAGAUUCGGGACAAACUUUUGAAGGACGGUGUGUGUGACAGAAGUACAGUUCCCUCAGGUGAGGCCUCAUCUGUAAGUUCUAUUAGCCGGGUUCUCCGCGCGCGGUUCGGCAAGAAAGACGACGAGGACGAUUGUGACAAAAAAGAUGAAAGUGGGGAAAAAAAAACUAAGCACAGCAUUGACGGAAUUCUGGGAGACAAAGGUCGAAUUGAUGAUGGCUCCGACGUGGAGUCUGAACCGGACCUGCCCCUGAAAAGAAAGCAGAGGCGCAGUCGAACCACCUUCACAGCUGAGCAGCUAGAGGAACUGGAAAAGGCCUUCGAGAGGACACACUACCCAGAUAUCUACACAAGAGAGGAGCUGGCCCAGAGAACUAAGCUCACUGAGGCUAGAGUACAAGUUUGGUUCAGCAAUCGACGAGCAAGGUGGCGUAAACAAGCUGGAGCUAAUCAACUGGCUGCAUUUAACCACCUGUUACCUGGUGGGUUUCCACCCACAGGGAUGCCCACUCUACCAACAUAUCAGCUUCCUGAGUCCACCUACCCAUCAACAACAUUACCACAAGAUGGCAGUGGCACAGUGCACCGACCACAGCCCUUGCCCCCCUCUACAAUGCAUCAGGGCGGGCUCUCCAGUGACAGCAGCUCCGCCUACGGGCUCUCAUCCAGUCGCCACAGUUUCUCCAACUACACUGACACCUUCAUGAGCCAGUCAGCAUCCAGCAAUCACAUGAAUCCCGUGAGCAAUGGGCUUUCUCCACAGGUGAUGAGCAUCCUAAGCAACCCCAGUGCUGUGGCCCCUCAACCCCAGCAUGAGUUCUCCAUCUCCCCCCUGCACAGCAGCCUGGAGGCCUCCAACCCCAUCUCAGCCAGCUGCAGCCAGCGCUCUGAGCCUAUCAAGACCGCCGACAGCCUCCCCUCCUCCCAGUCCUACUGCCCUCCCACGUACAGCACCACCAGCUACAGUGUGGACCCUGUCACUGCAGGUUACCAAUACAGUCAAUAUGGCCAGACUGCAGUGGAUUACCUGGCCAAGAAUGUGAGCUUGUCCACACAGAGAAGGAUGAAGCUGGGAGAGCACUCGGCUGUGCUCGGACUGCUACAGGUGGAGACGGGACAGGCGUAUUGAUGGAGCUAUACCUGAAAAUCCACCCAUUUGUUUCACCAGCAUCCCUUCAUCCUAUUGCAGUGCCCACAUGUGGCCGAUCUGCCGAGAGAAAUCACCGACAGUCUUAGACUCUUUACCUAUGGCAGCGUGAAUACAAAAGCCAUUCCACAAAAAACGGACACUGUUGUGCCACAUCUCCUUACUCGUCCUGAUCCUCUCUCUCUUUCACAACAAAGAGACCUUUUCAGGGCUUCAUAAAGCCAAGGGAACAUGAGGAUCAAUUGUCUGAGCACAAAUCACUAAAACUCUGCCCAGUGGCAUCCAAUGAUACCACAUAUAGGCAAAAUUUUUAGCCGCUUUACCAUUCCAUUCUAUUUGGACCAUGUUGUUUAUAGGACUGAAAAUGAUGGUAUUAUAAUUAUAUUUGUUAUUAUAAAUGUAGUUGUUCCUGUUGCUGUUGCAUUUACUAUCGUAAUUACUCUUUGUUUACAUGUUGCUUUUUUUUCCUCAUGUUUAGUUAAUGUUUCUAUCUUAACCACAAGGCCUUGCUUUGUAAUAUUACAUUUCUGAUGGAGACACAUGGAGUGACACUGAUAGCUUUGCAGGCUGUUUGCAAAGUGCAUGUGAUUUGCUCAUGUUAGUGGUAAGCCUGACGUUCCAAAAGAUCUGGGCUAGUUAGUGGGGCUUCUGGAUUGGUGGAAUCUUGGGAGAAUGGCCAAUGAAUGCUCAGAUUUCAGUCAUUAUCCUCACCUUGUCCUGAUGUUUAGGCCACUUAAGUCAUUUCAACAAUUUAGAAUAACAUGUUAUAGAUGAGUCAGGACAGCCUGCAGCCUGCCCUAUUCGAUCAAGGGUGAAUUAUCUGUGUUAUUUAUGAUCACUUUCUCAUCCUUCUCUGCCCACCAGGUGAUGAGCAUCCUAAGCAACCCCAGUGCAGUGGCCCCUCAACCCCAGCCCCUCAUAUGUUAUCCUAGUAUGAUGACCAAAUCAUUAGACCAAAUCAUAAAAAUAUGUCAAAUAUGAACAAAACAGCAUGAAUGCACACAGAUUGUUCUCUGUGGUAAUUAGUACUACCAUUAAUCUCUCUAAUGAAAUUAAAUUAUCUUGCCAAUAAGGGUAGAUGACAACAUUUAAUGAAAUUCUUUUUUUAUAUACUUUCACUUAUGCUUCUCUGCUAUUCAUGGCAAUUGUUGUCAAUGAAUUGAAAUGCACUGACAUACCAAAAAACAAUCAAAUAUCAGCCAUCGAAAAGCAAUCUGCAAACACACCUUUAAAAAGUGAUGUAGAUUUUGUUCUUCAAUGGUAGCACUUCUAAUUGAUUGAUGAGGAACUUUUCUGUCUCUAUUGUCAAUGUAAAAUAACAAAGUGAAUUGAACUGUAGAAUGGGAAUCAAAUGUUUUUAGAACAAACCAUUCGUUGAGAGAAAAGGAUUCAUGGAAAUAUUUGAAGUCUUAAUUCAUUAUUAAAUUUAAAUCCAUUGUGUUUUGAGGAAAAGAAGCAACACAGGAGCAAAUUUUUGACACCCUUUACAUAUGAUGAAUGUCAGACCUUAAAAAUGUAUAGGUAUUCCAAGAAUUAUAAUUGAGAGAUGGAAAAAAUAUAUGACCACAUUUAUAGCGUUUACAUUUUGUUUGCAACCAUGGCUACUUUUCCCCAUCUUGUCUCAACUGAGUUCUUAACCUUAGAGGUGAUGAUACAAUUUCUGUGACCAAGAUGAAUUGUCACUGGAGAUGCCCUAAGAUGCCAUUUAUUCAGGACAAUUACUGAAAAAGAAACAAAUUACCAUGUGCCAAUUUAAGAUUGAGGACAUUUCCAUUUUAUCACUUAAAAUAUUUUUAGUACAAUGUAAAUAAAAAAGACAAAAAAGAAAUGUGAAAAAUUAUUUUUAGUGUGUAGCACUCAUUUCUAAUGCAAGCAUUAAUCUACCUUUGGGAUAUUUAUAGCACUAUCGGACUGGGCGAUACAUCUUUCCAACCUCAGUUGCUCUUUAUUUUUUCAUUGUUUACCUUUUUUUUUUUUUUGCAUAUGUAAUUUCCUUUUGAUACAUUUCUGUUCAGCAUGUGUGUAUAUUACCAUGGCAUAAUUUAUUCAGCUGUAUGAAAUAUUAGCAUAGUGGGAACUUGUAUUGGCAUUUACUACCUUCAGCCUGUUAGUGUCUUUAAUGUAGCACUGGCAUAUCUGUUAUGGAUUAAAGCUCAA